AUGCGAGUCUUUAGCUUCCUGCUUCUGCUCCUUCUGGGUAUCCUGACGGGUGAUGGUUUGGUGUCAGGAACGGACAAUGGCAAGACCACCGACGUGACAUGGGACAAGUACAGUCUGUCCGUCAAGGGGCAGAGACUGUUUGUCUUCUCGGGUGAAUUCCACUACCAGAGACUUCCUGUGCCGGAGCUGUGGUUGGAUGUCUUUCAGAAAUUGCGGGCCAAUGGCUUCAAUGCCAUCUCAGUGUACUUCUUUUGGAGCUUCCACAGCGCCUCGGAGGGCGAAUUCGACUUUAAGACCGGAGCCCAUGAUAUCCAGCGGUUGUUCGAUUACGCCAAAGAAGCGGGUUUGUAUGUGAUCGCAAGAGCCGGCCCGUACUGCAACGCAGAGACCUCCGCUGGUGGGUUUGCCCUUUGGGCGGCGAACGGCCAGAUGGGUAAUGAGCGGACGAGCGAUGAGGCAUACUACGAAAAAUGGCGGCCGUGGAUCUUGGAGGUCGGCGAGAUCAUUGCGAAGAAUCAGAUCACCAACGGUGGGCCUGUGAUUCUCAACCAACACGAGAAUGAGCUCACGGAGACGACGUACAAUCCGAACAACACCCUGGUUGUCUACAUGGAACAGAUUGCGCAGGUGUUUGAGGAGGCUGGGAUUGUUGUUCCAAGCUCCCACAAUGAAAAGGGCAUGCGAGGCGUCAGCUGGUCGACAGACUAUCACAACAUAGGAGGCGCGGUCAACGUUUAUGGCUUGGACUCGUACCCUGGUGGCCUCUCGUGCACGAAUUCCAACACUGGAUUCAAACUCGUGCGGACGUACUAUCAAUGGUUCCAGAACUACUCCUUCACGCAACCCGAGUAUAUACCCGAGUUCGAGGGUGGGUGGUUCCAGCCCUGGGGCGGGUCUUUCUAUGACACCUGCGCCACGGAGCUGUCGCCGGAGUUUCCUGAUGUCUAUUACAAGAACAACAUCGGCUCUCGGGUGACAAUGCAGAGCAUCUACAUGACAUACGGCGGAACCAACUGGGGCCACAGCGCCGCUCCAGUCGUGUACACCUCCUACGACUAUGCCGCUCCUCUCCGCGAGACUCGAGAGAUUCGCGACAAGUUGAAACAGACCAAGCUUAUUGGCCUCUUCACCCGUGUGUCAACCGACCUCUUGAAGACCUAUAUGGAAGGGAAUGGCACUGGCUACACUAGCGACAGUAGCAUCUACACUUGGUCGCUUAGAAACCCCGACACAAACGCCGGAUUCUACGUGCUUGCACACAGCACCAGCUCAUCUCGCGAUGUGACUACAUUUUCCCUCAACGUCACCACCUCUGCCGGUGCCAUCUCCAUCCCCGACAUCGAACUGAACGGUCGCCAGAGCAAGAUUAUAGUGACCGACUUCAAUUUCGGGGAUAACUCGACUCUCCUGUUUUCAUCUGCUGAAGUCUUGACGUACGCCAACCUCGAUGUAAAUGUCCUUGUCUUCUACUUGAAUGUGGGCCAGAAGGGGACCUUCGUGUUCAAGCAUGAACCAAAGCUCGCCUUUCAAACAUACGGCAAUAGCAACAUCACUGCUGCAGAGUCUAGCUACGGUACGCAGUAUUCCUACACGCAGGGAGAGGGGGUCACUGCGGUGAAGUUCUCCAAUGGUGUGUUGGCCUACCUACUUGACAAAGAAUCUGCCUGGAAUUUCUUUGCGCCUCCGACCACGUCAAGCCCGCAGGUUGCGCCCAACGAGCACAUACUGGUUCAAGGACCGUACCUGGUUCGCGGGGCUUCCAUCAACCACGAUACCGUGGAGAUCACUGGUGACAACGCAAACACCACAUCUAUUGAAGUGUACGCUGGUGACGCGCAGGUCAAGAAAGUCAAAUGGAAUGGGAAGACAAUCAAGACAAGAAAGACUGCGUACAGAAGUCUGACCGGAACUGUACCUGGAGCGGAAGAUGUUAAGGUUUCACUUCCUUCGUUGGACUCCUGGGAGGCCCAAGACACUCUUCCGGAAAUCCAGCCGGAUUACGACGAUUCCAAAUGGACUGUUUGCAACAAGACCACCUCGGUAAAUGUGAUUGCUCCGCUCUCUCUCCCCGUUCUCUACUCGGGUGACUACGGCUACCAUGCGGGCAUCAAGGUCUACCGUGGUCGUUUCGAUGGGCGCAACGUAACCGGCGCGAAUGUGACUGUGCAGAACGGCGCAGCCGCUGGGUGGGCAGCGUGGGUGAACGGGGAGUAUGCCGGCGGAUCCGCGGGUAGCCCUAGCCUUGCUGCGACGUCGGCUGUCCUUACUUUCAACAGCUCCUCGCUCAGGAAUAGUGACAACGUCCUCACAGUGGUCACGGAUUAUACCGGCCAUGAUCAGAACAGCGUGGGGCCAAAGGGAACACAAAAUCCGCGGGGGAUCCUGGGCGCCACGUUGAUUGGAGGGGGCAACUUUACAUCUUGGCGCAUUCAGGGCAACGCAGGUGGCGAGAGGAACAUUGACCCGGUACGUGGCCCGAUGAACGAGGGCGGACUGUAUGGUGAGCGCAUGGGCUGGCAUCUGCCCGGAUACAAGGUGCCCAAAUCCGCGUCAAAGAGCAGCCCUCUAGACGGGGUAUCCGGAGCUGAGGGUCGUUUCUACACGACCACGUUCAAGUUGAACCUCGAUAAAGACCUGGAUGUCCCCAUCGGACUCCAGCUGGGGGCCCCCGAAGGCACACAGGCGGUAGUCCAGGUCUUCAUGAACGGAUAUCAGUUUGGCCAUUACCUCCCCCAUAUCGGACCGCAGAGUCUCUUCCCCUUCCCGCCAGGUGUGAUCAACAACCGCGGGGAGAACACGCUGGCGAUCAGCAUGUGGGCGUUGACUGAUGCGGGAGCGAAGCUGGACAAGGUGGAGCUGGUGGCGUAUGGAAAGUAUCGCAGCGGGUUCGACUUCAAUCAGGACUGGAGCUAUCUGCAGCCGGGCUGGAAAGACCGAAGCCAGUAUGCAUGA